UGAUGAUCCUUACCAUUUUGACUUUCUAACUAGCUACGUGACCUUUCAUUGAUAUGCAGCGACCAAGAAAGCCAAGAAAAACAAGAUCUAGGUCUCCUCUAGAGGACAACCUGUUGAAUGAUGAGGAAAGAGCGGUCCUGUACGAGCUAGAUCAGUCUUUUCUCACUGACGAUGAUGAACUAGGAGCUGUGGGAUCAUCAAAGUGUUCCCAGUGUAUGCGCUGUUGUGAACUGGUGUGUCUGGAUAAGGGAACCAUCAGUAUGGUGAUCACGUUCCUUAUAAUGACUAUCGGAGUGGCUCUACUGGUGCUGACCAUAGAAUUGGAGUGGCCUCCACAAGUGAAGGAAUUGUCGCUCUAUUUCAUCUCAGCGGGUGUGUUUGGUCUGGCUGGUGGAGGGACUAACGCCAUCGCUGUGUUCAUGCUCCUCUUUAAGAUACCAUUUGUCUAUGGGAGUGGUGUGUUCUACAAACGACACGAGCUUAUCCGACAAGUCAUCAAGAUGAUUGUUCUUCAGCUGCUCUUUGACACACAGCACUUAGAGCACUAUGUCACACGUAAAAUCAAACAAUUCUCGUCUCGUGUUCGCAUUGUAGACAACAUCACCCAAGCUUUGAACUCUUCUGAAAUAGAGGAGGUGAUUGAAGACAGACUCUCUUAUCUAUACUCACAACCUGAGUCCUACUAUCUGGAGCAGUUAGGACUGAAGAAGGAGGAUGUGAAGGGACUUAUAAAGCCUUCGAUUAUCUCACUCUGUGCCGAGUCAGCUCCUUAUGUUAUGGACACUGUGGCAGAUGCCGACUCAGAGCAGGCAAUGAAUGUGCAUCGUUUCAGAGAGCAGAUGGACCACUACCUCAACUGGAGGGUGGGGGAGUUGACUGAGAAGAGGGUGGGGUCUCUCAUGAGGAAGCUCAUCUAUAGACACCUUGGCUGGCUGGUAGUGUGGGGCUGUGUGUUUGGAUUGGCCACUGGGAUAGUCUCUCAAGGACUCAAGAUAUCACUGAACUUUAAUUUUUUAACUAGGUGAACUCUUGCUAAUAUAUUAGCUGUUUAUGUUUGAUUAUUUUGUGUACUGUGCAUUCAUUUCACUUAAUUAGUGUCAGAGCAAAUAAUUAUAUAAUUUUUGUGAUUGUUAAAUAGCAUAUUUUUUCAUGGCACAUUGACAAUAAA